AUGCCCGCUCCGACUACUACCCUCCUCAUUGAGGGUUCGUUCUCCGAGCUCGCCGAGGAGUUCGCCACCUACAUCGACUCCCUUCGCAAAGAGGGCAGCCUCCAGUCCGAGAUCGCCCCGCUCCUCCAGCCGAUCCGCCAGCAGGAACAAUCCGAGGGCGAGCCCGACCGCAAGCAGCACGAUGAGGUCCUGAAGAAGAUCGUGGGCGCUGCGACUGCCCUGAAUGGUGCCCCCGAGAAGGAGAUCAUUCCCUCCUACAACCUGCUUGUGCACCUCGUUCACCAGGCCUCCGACCCUGACAUGUUCCUUCCUCGCAUCUGCACCUAUCUCGCUAAGCCCAUCACCACCUCUCCCCAAUUCGGCCCUACUCUGGCCAUCUCCAUCCUCACCACCAUCUUCAACACCCUGUCCUCCAACGACUCCAGCCGGUACCACGUUCUCCUGGCCAUCGUUGCCAUCAUUCGCCAGUCUGGAUCCGGAUACGCCUUUGAGGCCCUGAAGCCCCAGCUCGCCGAGCAGCUGCCCACAUGGCUCUCUGCCUGGGAAUUGGACGACGAGGAGGCCCAGAAGUUGCACCUGGCCGUUGCCGAUGCCGCCACCGCCGCCGGUGACGACGACCUUGCCCAGUCGCACGUUAUCCAGGCUCUGCAGACCAUCCCCGCCGCUGAGUCCAGCAAGCCCGCAGCCCGCGACCUGGCUGUGCGCGCUCUCGCCUCGGCCCUGCGUCGCCCCGCCGUCUUCGACUUCACCCCUCUGACCGCGUCCGAUGCCGUCCAGGCCCUCCGCUCCAGUGACACCACUCUCUUUGAGCUGCUGGAGAUCUUCACCUCCGACACCCUCGAUGCCUACGAGGAGUUCGUCGCGGCCAACCCGCUCGCUUCGAUCUCCAACGGUGUUCUCGCCGAUGCUUCCGAUGCCCUGCAGACCAAGAUGCGUCUGCUCACCCUGACUUCUCUGGCCUCCUCCACCCCCUCGCGCUCGCUCGCCUACGCCGCCAUUGCCUCCGCCCUACGUAUCCCCGCCUCCGACGUCGAGAUGUGGGUCAUCGAUACCAUCCGUGCCGGUCUGGUCGAGGGUAAGCUCUCGCAGCUGCGCUCCGAGUUCCUCGUUCACCGCGCCACCUACCGUGUCUUCGGUGAGAAGCAGUGGGCUGAGGUCCAGGGCCGUCUGAUGGUCUGGCGCCGCUCGCUCGAGGGUGUCCUGAGUGUCAUCCGUUCCGAGCGUGAGCGUUUUGUCCGUGAGGGUAUUCAGGCCGCCGCUGACCAGGAGGCCGCUGUUGCCGUCAAGAACGGCGACAAGGCCCGCUCUGGUGACCGGCGGCGCAACCCGCAGCAGCCCCGUGAGGUGGAUGCUGUUGCCGAGUAA